UCCAGCUGCCGCCCCUCUCCUCCUAUUUCUCUUCUUCUCUCCCUCUAAUCUCUCUCUCUCUCUCACGUUUUCUUCAGGGACCCCGCACCAUCGCACCUCACCUUGGAGCUCGCCGCCUCGGGUCACCUCUCCGUCUUGAUCUGUCCUCCACUGCCGGAUCCGCCGCCUCAACCUCUCCGCCUCGAUCCGUCCGCCGCCGCCGGAUCCCGGAAGCAGCCGGAUCCGCCGCCGCCUGCCUCACCUGCGUUCGUCCGCAGCGUGGGCCACGCAGCUGCCUCGGCCCCCCUGCCUCGUCCAACCGCGCCAGGAGAGGAGUCCUCUGCCCCGCCACCGGAUCGACCCCGGAGCAGCCGGAUUCGACGUCUACUGCCUCACCUGCGUUCGUCUGCUGCGUGGGCGCAGCUGCUCGUGAACCGUCGUCCAUCUCUCUGCCCUGCUGUGUAGGUCACCUGCGUCGCUAGUGUCGCAGGUCUUCGGGCGGCAUUGAUGCUUCGAUUGGCAGCUGAUGUCUCACUUUCUGAUUCCUUAUUCGCUGUUAUCACCAGCUGGGUCUUUGCGUCUCUCUGCUCCCGAGUAUUGCAGCCCUUCUCUCAUUUAGCAGGUCAUGAUUUUGACUCCCCUCAACCAGCUGAUUUUCUGUGCGUGCGGACCGCGGGUUCAAUAUUAGAAAGUGCAGGGUCCUUUUUAUGAGAACAAAGCGUUUUUUCAAAGUGUGACUUAAACAGGGACUGCGGGUUGAUUUCAAAGAAACAGAGGGGCGUUUUCGCAAAAACACCGACGACGUACGGGCAGAAGCACUCCGUGCUUUAUUAGUAGGGAAAGAUACCUUACCUUUACUCAUAACCCUUUAUCCUUAUUCAUAGGCAAAUAGCGGCUUCUGGAAGGUCAAGUAUGACCAUGAGGCUGCCAAACACGCCAGAGCAGCAAAAAGAGCCGAAAGACGAACCGCUAAGACUGGAACUUCAAGAAAGAGGAAACCCAGCGCCUCAGAUAUGAUGAAACUGGAUGAUACUGAUGAUGAUGAAGAAUUGGAGGAUAUAGGCAACAGCCAAGCCAUUGAAGAAGAGGUAACUAUAAUCUCCUCCGACUCAGAGCCUUUGCCGAGGUUGAAAAUCCGAAGAGUAACCCGGAAAGUAAGAUUUUCACAUCCUUUAGCUUACCAAGAUCCUCAAUUUCGUUUGAAGCGACAGAUUUAUGAGAGCCGGAGGCAGACCCGGACCAGCAAAGACGCGGAACUCUCCUCCGGCUUACCUGAUGUGUCCAGGAAGCGCCAGGCUGAGGAUACUCCACCUUCCUCCGGUGAGUCUAUGCAGUCCAACAUGCCGGCCUUCAAAACUGCUCCCGGUGUGCAAGUAAAACCCAGCAAAAAGGCAAAAAAGAAUAAGCUGUCCCAAGAGCCGGUUGUGACUGAAUCGGAGCUGGGCACAGCUGCUCCUGACACCUCUGCUCACGAGCCGCCGCCUCAACCAUCUCAUGAAGUUCCUGUAUCUUCCUCUGACCCGUCUGCUGAGCAAACCCUCAACGAUUCUGAUAACCCGGAGGCUCCUAGCCCUACCAAGGUAGAUGAUCCGGAAGUUGAGAUUCUCAAGACUCAGUUUGUUGAGCCGGCACAGCCAACUGUACUUGCCAAGUGUUCUGCUAAAGAGGAAUUGUUAGAACGCCGAAAGGCCAAGCUGGACGUCACUGACUACACUCAUUUGAGUAUUGGAGAGAUCGUCUCCGGCUAUAUCAAUAAAGUACAUAGUAGCCGUGACCUGGAGAUUGACAUGGUGAAGCAGAUACAGCAAAAAUCUGAGGGAGUUACUACUUUCAUUCUUUAAGAAGACCAAUCAUAAACCCAACAGAUCAUGUUCUACACGUAAGUGCUUCCAACUUCCAAGUAUGAUGUUAUUGUUCAUCGUCAGCGGUGCCUUUGAUGCUUUUGUUUUUCUAUGUAGGGAUGAUGUGACUGAAGGGCAGUUCGCCCAAGUUCCAAUAUAUGAAUUGGAUGCCAUUGGGAAGCCAAAGGCUUGUGCAUCUUUGCAGGAGGAUUAUCAGCCCCCUGUGACAUUUGUGGUUGUCCAGAAAAGGCAUCACACAAGGCUCUUCUCUGAGGUGCAUGGAAAAGAGACUGAGAAAAGUGGAAACAUCGUUCCUGGAACCAUGGUUGACACCAACAUAUGCCAUCCCACUGAGCUUGAUUUCUACCUAUGUAGCCAUGCUGGGAUUCAGGGCCCAAGCAUACCAACUCAAUACCAUGUCCUCUUCAAUGAGAACCGUUUCACUUCUGAUGGGCUGCAAUAGCUCACCAACAACCUAUGCUACACGUAAGCUCGGCACAUCUCCCUCUUUCACUUUUUCCGAUUCAGGUUCAUCUAUCAUCUUGAUUCCUAUUUUGCUAGCUAGACUAACUCUGAUGUGGUAUUUUUCCUGUAAAUGCAAAUACGAAUGAUGCAUUCGCUCUGCCUCUAUUGUUCGUCCUGCCUACUACGCUCACCUGGCCAUGUUCCGCGCAUGGUAUUACGACAAGCCGUCGAAGGGCUUGGGCAGCACAUCGAUCAUCGGCAGUGGCACCCAGGAGUCAGCCGCCACCGGCGCAGGAGCUGCUGGUCCUCUUGUGACAUUCCAUCACCUCGGGAUAACGUCAAGGACGUGAUGUUCUAUUGCUGAAUCAGGCCGAUUGCUGCUUAACUAGGUGGUACGGUACAUUUUGCUGGGAACUUGUGAUGUUGGAUCAUGAAUGUACUUUGUUAUGGUGUUGGUAAACAUGGGAGAUGUGAUUCCAUCAUGGUUCUGCAUUUGGUAGGUUUUCUCUACAGAGCAAGAAGGGAACCA